AUGCGAUAUCAAGUUUGGCUCGCAGCCUUCGUGGCGGCAGUGACUGCAGCUCCUCACGCUCAGGUCGAGACAGCCCUACCUCCAAUCUCUGUCUCUGAAUCGUUUGCUACCCCAACGAUUACAGUCAUCCCCACGACGUCUCUGAAUAUCCCCUACUUCACGGACAAGAAGGAGGCCAUCGCAUUGGGAGCCAGUUCCUAUCUUUUCCAGAAGCUGCGAUUGUCCGAAAAAUGCAACUUCGAGGAGAACCACUCCUGGGUCUGCUGGACUUCUGCAAACUACGGCUGCCCGUCGCCUACUCGAGCGUGCUCCGACCUUUUCAGUCCCACGCCAGUCACUGGCAAACAUCCAUGCGAGCUGGGACCUGGAGUGCGACCUGAACCUACUGAGGUUCCAAUACUUCGAUUUUAA